UCAUUCGGAUUAGUGAGCGAACUUUCUACAAUUGCGGUAGUUUCGUGUCGCGAAUCGUUUCUCGUCGCGUUGGAUCUAAUCUCGAAUGAGCGUUGCUCGUAUCGCGGAUAAUUUUUUUUCGCGAUUGUGCGAAAAUCUACGAGAAUGAUAAAAGAAUUACUUUUAAGUUCAAUGAAAAAUAAGAUUAAUGUUAUUUUCACUAAUUCGGAGAAAUCGUUAGAGGAUAAUGAUAAUUUGUGUUAAUUAUGAAUGAAAUGUUUGUCAUAAUAGCCGUAUCGUGCCGUAGAUUUAUUUCAAGAAAAAUGAGACUGAAAUUUUAUAUAAUUACGCGGUAUGAGCCAUAUUAAUUACGUUAAUUAAAAAAAAAAUGCUGAAGAAAGUGAUAUGGUUACGUGAGCCACAAUCCAUGCACAGUACUUUGGUACGAGGAAAUACUACUUAUUGUAAGUUUGCCUUAUCAUUUUUCGUGAGGUGCGCCAUUAUCGUGCUGAACACCAGAUAAUAAUUUAAUAAAUGAUCUCGUCCGAGCGCUAACUCAUAGCGCUAACUCACGGUUAGAUCGGAACGAUAGGAGAAGGGAUGGGUACAGUCGAACGUCGUGGACCGGCGAUAAUCGCCAGUCAGUUUGUUGCCGUUCCUUCGUAAGUGCGGUUCUCCUUCGGAGAGGUCUCUUCUUCCUUUCCUCUCUGUUCGUUACUCUCCUCUCCGACGUAAUUCGCGAAUGCGCGAGUGCGACUGUGAAUAAUGCAUUACGUGGGAAAAAUGUUAUCGUGAGAAUUCUCCGGAAAUAAAGAAAUAGCAGUGAUAAUUGUGAAUGAACACAAUAUUAAGCGCUUGACAUUUAUCGCAAACGCGAGUUUCUGCAGUCGUUGAUAAGAGUCGGGUUCUUAAUAUUUCGUUACGGAAAGAACUGUUUUCCUAAAAACGAGGAGAAUUUGUUGAACCCUUCAGUGGAACUUCUCUCAAAGUUCAUCAGUCUAGAACAGCGUCAUCUGUCACGACUAUCACUUAUCGAGCGGCCGCUCUACCCACGUUAAUUUGUCCCGCGGAUCGGCGUAUCAGUUGCGUGCGUGUACGUACGCAUCAACUACUUUUCCGCACUGCUGUCCCGCUGAAACGCGCGUUCGAUCGUUCUGUUUCACCGCGAGCGAGUCGAAUUAUUCCGCUCCGUUCGCGAAGGCGAAUGCAGAAUGUGGAUGCAAUGCUGCACGAUCGUAGACGCGGAAACGUCGUCGACCGGUGUUUUCGCCGAGAGGGAAUAGCGGCGACGCGUUUUGAGGCCGGCUGCUGCACGCGAAAGUUGACGGCGGCUCUCCCGGGCUGGAAAAGCCGCGCGUCUUUUUUCAUCCCGACGUCCUCGAGGCCUGAAUAAAAAGGAGCUGUGAAAAACGCGUGAAUAAGUGUCGCGACGCGGGCGGUCCUAAAAAUAAAGGUGCGUCCGCGCAUCGCUACGUCCGAAUCGACUUGGACUCGCGACCUUACGCGCGUGUCCGAUGUGAGUCACUCGUCGAAGAAUUAAUCGUCCUCGAAGUGUCAUCGCGAGCACGUCGCAAUGAUUACGGACUGGUUGGACACAUGGUUCGGCCGGCCGAAAAAGUCCGGUCGCGGAGGUGGCCCGCGUGGCUACGCGGGCAGCAACACCAUGCCCAGGCCGCACUCCGGCGACGAUAUCAACGAGAUCGAGCAACAGCGUUGCAUCAUCGAGAGGAUGGAUGAAGACACUGUGAACGAUAGAUUCGAGGAAAUGCUGGCCAACAUGAAUCUAACGGAGGAGAAGAAGGAACCAUUGCGUCAGCAGUCAGAGUCGAAGAAGAAAGAAAUGCUGGUGUUGCACUAUAAGGGCAGCAUACAGGAUAAUCGAUCAAAAUUCGACAAACCUGCGGACUACAUACAGUACUUGGCGCAGCCCGAUUUGAGCGUUAACAAGAUCUACAACUGCAUCGAAUCCCUCAGGAUUGCACUCACUAACAACCCGCUCAGCUGGGUACAGGAGUUCGGCACCAAGGGUCUCAAGCAGGUUCUGGCUACUCUCAACGAGUGUUAUCGAAAUGCCUUCAUAUAUUACGAUAGCGACAACCGUUACGAGCGGAUACAAUACGAAUGCAUUCGCUGUUUAAAGGCUAUUAUGAAUAAUACCGUUGGUAUAAAGGAGAUGUUGGCUCAUCAUGAGGCUCUUACCAUCGUGGCCAGGUCGUUGGAGCCGACGAAGCCGUCCGUAAUGUCCGAAGCUGUAAAAUUACUUGGCGCUGUUUGCCUGAUAUCCAGCGACAGUCACAAAAAAGUGUUAGACGCGGUUACUAUGAACGGCGAAUUCAAAGGUCGCGAAAGAUUUUUGCCAAUCGUACAAGGUUUGAUGAACAAGAAGAAUGAAAAUUUAAGGGUAGUGUGCCUUCAACUCAUAAACUCGAUAAUAUCAUCCGCGGAAGACCUAGAUUUUCGCUUACAUCUGAGGAACGAGGUAAUGCGAGUAGGUCUAGCUGACAUUCUUGAAACAUUAGAGAAAGAUGAGUCGGAAGACUUGGCGACGCAUUUGAAGAUCUUCAAUGAUCACAAAGAGGAGGAUUAUGAGGAAUUUGUACAGAGAUUUGACAAUGUACGUUUAGAAUUAGAUGACGUUAACGAUUGCUUUGAAGUAAUAAAAAAUAUGGUGAUGGACACCUCCGCCGAGCCGUACUUCUUAUCUAUACUUCAACAUCUUUUAUUUAUUCGAGAUGAUGCUCUGGUUCGACCGGCGUAUUAUAAAAUGAUCGAGGAGUGUAUAUCGCAAAUUGUAUUGCAUCGUUCAGGCUGUGAUCCGGAUUUCAGCGCGACAAAACGCUUCCAGAUUGACGUACAACCGUUAAUCGAUACCCUAGUCGAAAAGUCACGGGCCGAGGAGGAACGUCGAUUGGUGGAGUUAACGCAAAAGUUAGAGGAAGCUAUAGCUAGUAGGCAAGAAGCCGAAGCAAAGCUUCAGCAUGCGGAAAACAAGAUCACAGAACUGGAGCAAGGAACGGGGAAGCCUAGUGGUCCCAGGACUGCUGUAUGUCCGCCUCCGCCACCUAUGCCCGGAAUGGGCGGUGGACCACCACCACCACCACCUCCACCUUUUCCUGGUGGCCCACCUCCACCACCAAUGCCUGGAAUGACAUGUCCACCUCCGCCGCCUAUGCCUGGCGCGAAAGGACCUCCACCUCCACCUAUGCCUGGAAUGGGAGGAGGACCUCCACCACCACCUAUGCCAGGAAUGGGCCCUCCACCACCACCGAUGGGAGCAUUAUCUCCACCACCUCCGGCGAUGCAAGUUUUACCUCAUGGGCUAAAACCGAAAAAGAAGUGGGAAGUAGAUGGUCCACUGAAAAGAGCGAAUUGGAAAGCGAUUUUGCCUCACAAAUUGACAGAAAAAUCGUUCUGGACAAAAGUACAAGAAGACAAAUUGGCUAGCCCAGAAAUAUUGGAUGGCCUCGCGCAGAAAUUUGCAUCGAAACCGAGUGGAAAAAGAAUGGAUGAUGUAGUUGAUAAGUCAGCCCCAACGAAAAAAGUAAAGGAUCUCAAAGUUUUGGAUGGUAAGGCGGCUCAAAAUAUAUCAAUUCUUCUCGGUGGCACCCUAAAGCACAUGCCUUAUGUGGAAGUGAAAAGAUGUUUAUUUAGAUGUGAGGGACCAGUCAUUUCUGAUAAUAUAUUGCAAGGUUUAAUACAGUAUUUACCACCGCCAGAUCAACUGUCGAAGUUACAGAUGUACAAGGAUCGGUACGAUGACUUGACUGAAGCAGAACAGUUUUGUGUUACGAUAUCUACGAUAAAAAGGUUACUGCCCAGAUUGAGAUCAUUAAGCUUCAUGCUGCGGUACGAGGAAUUAGUACAAGAUAUAAAACCUGACAUAGUGGCGGCUAGAGCGGCAUGCGAAGAAGUAAAGAAAAGCAAAAAAUUUGCACGGAUUCUCGAGUUAAUAUUAUUACUCGGAAACUAUAUGAAUUCUGGUUCCAAAAAUGGUCAAGCGUUCGGAUUUGAGAUUAGUUUUCUUACAAAGCUUACCAGUACUAAAGACAUCGAUAACAAACAAACUCUUAUGCAUUACUUGGUGGAUACCAUAGAGAGAAAGUUUCCGGAAUGUCUCAGCUUCGUUGAGGAAUUAGCACACGUAGAUCGCGCCAGUCGAGUAUCUUUAGAGAACGUUCAGAGAACGUUACGUCAAAUGGAGACCAAUAUCCGUAAUCUCGAACAGGAUCUCACGAAUGCUAAAGUUCCGCAAUGCGAUGAAGAUCUAUUUAUAGAUGUCAUGAAACCGUUCGCCAAGAAAGCUAGGGAAUCUUACGAGGUUUUGCAGAAUAUGUUCAAAAAUAUGGACUCUUUGUACACUGACAUCUCCGAAUUCUUUUCCUUCGAUAAACAGAAGUACACCAUAGAGGAAUUCUUCGGCGAUAUCAAGACGUUCAAAGACGAUUUCUUGCAAUCGCAGAAGGAGAUAAUCAAGCUGAAGGAAGGCGAAGAAAAACAGAGACGAGCGAGAGAAGCGCGCGAGAAAGCAGAAGCGGAAAAAGCGGCGCGAGCCGCGCGUAAACGCGCCCUAGUCGAUAUGAAUGCACACGAGACGCAGGAAGGUGUCAUGGAUAGUCUGAUGGAAGCGUUACAAACUGGAUCGGCCUUCAGUCGACCGGACCAACGACGCAAGCGACAAACCCGCGUAGCUGGUGGUAAGUUGUAUAGGACAUACAUCGGGCAACAAGUAGUGAAGAAGGACCAAGCAACUCAAGCAUGUAUAUUUAGUAAUACCUUAAACAAUUCGACUAAAUUAACGCACAGAUAUGAAAAUCUAACUCCAACUGAAAUCAUACGACGUGAUAUACUUCCAAACAGAAUUAUGGCUCAGAUACGCGCGGCGAGCGAUUCCACGAACUUCUUUACGCCGGAAGAAAAUCAAGACCUCUAUAAACGAAUGCUCAUAGAUGAGGCGAAAAAGACGCCUAGACAGACAAAGUAUUCGUCCAGAGUCACGUUUUUUCAAAAAAAGAAAAUGUGCAGCCGUUGUAAUAACGCAUAUUACAUGGCAAUGCCGGUAUCCAACGAGACACCAAAAAGAGAUAUUUUGCUAAAAACAUUCAGAAAUUUGGAGUCCAGAUGCGUUAAGGAUGUUGAAUUGGAUUCGAGCCCGCUAGUGGGUAAAAACAUCUCUAUUGAUCGAGCAUGUAUGCUUAGUCCUGUUAAACAAAGACACGUCGUAGUUAGCAAGAUACGCAAGAGAAACAGCAUCGUGCGCCGCACCAUAUCGAAUCGCAAACGUAUACGUGCGAACAAUACAAUCGCAAAACGCCGUAGAUCGCACGCUUAUUUGCAAAGUCCACCCAGUAUGAAUACCACUAUGCCAUCAAAUGUGAACACAUCAGUCGUAAACACAAAUUCUGUAAAUCAAAAGCUAUCAAAAUCGAUCGACGGUCUUUAUACUAAGAUAUUCAAACCGGCGUUCGUUCCAAUGAAAAAACUUUUAAGAUCGAAAAAUUUCGAAAAUCUGACGCGAUAUGACGAAAAUCAAAACAUACAGGAUUUGAGAAGCGUGGGAUUCGAAAACUCGAGCAUGUCUAUUCAGCUUUCGAGUAGCGAACAGAUAAUUGAUGCGCCAUCGCCGCUAGUAACAGAAAUAAGUGGAGUUAUGCUGUUAUCGGAAAAUAGCCCAUUGUAUUUAAUAAAGUCAAAUUCCACUCGUGCUAGUACAAAAGGUUUAAAUGCGUCCGGGGAAAUUUCUGAACACCUUGCAAACACAUACAAGCAAUUCACUCCGGAAGCAAGCAAUUCAGGUUCAAAAAUUAAUUAUGAUAAAUUAAGAAAACCAAAGGUUAGAUCGUGGAAAAAGAAAUGGAAGUUUUGGCAAAUACCGACAAGUACCAUAUAACUGAAUUGUAUGUUGUUUUAGUACAAGACUGAUGAUGAAAAUGGAAAGACUGACAAGAGAAAAAAAUCUCUUUAACUCUAUCAUUGCGAAAAAAAUUUGUUCUAAAAGGCGUUAAAAGAUGCAUGCUCUAAAAGUUGUUUGAUUUUUUUCCAUUAAGAUAGGCGACGUUUUCAUCUUAAAAGCAGCAUGUCGUUGCAAUAAUAUUUUCACGCUAUAAUUCCGAGUAAUUAUAUUUUUAGCGAAUACAAUGUACAAAUUAUAUCUUGCACUAGUCAUGUUAAUUAGUAAUCUUUUACGUUUUUUUAUUUAUUUUGAAAGUAGCUAGAUUCAAGUAUAGUUUUGAUGCAAUGUACAAUACAUAAAUAAAACUUUUACUUGCCCAUGAAUUUCUAACUAGACGUGUCCUACGAACUAUUCAAGACUGAUAAUUUGUGUAAGGGAUCUGAGAGUUUGCAAUAUUUUCAUGUAGCAUAUAAAUAUUUAAUUAUAAUGUUAAAAUUUUUUAAGCAAAUGAGAAUGAAUAUUUGUAAUGGAAAGUUUUAUAUACGUAUUUGACACGCGCAAAUAUAAUUUUAUUGAUUACUGCAGAAAUUAUGAAAAUGCAAAAUAAGAUAGAGAUAAAGUCGAGAUGCCUCUGUCACAUAACACGUCAUUUCGAUCAUAUAUAUAUCUAGACUACAAAGUUCAAUGAGAUGUAGGCGGACAUGUAAUUUUCAAUUUUUUUUUAUUAUUGAUGAUUGUAAUAUCAUUAAAGUACUCCUAACACCCGUUUCUUUGUAAAAAUUUAAAUUAUCAUGAUUGUUUAUGUGUAUUUUUUUUCUUGCUUCAAAUUUGAAGUGUGACAUAAAGCAAACGAGUUUUUAAUAAAACAUGUAUCAAAGACUGUUUUGUAUAAAAACUUAUAUAUAUUUUUUUGUAAUUAAAUGCAGAGUAACGAGUUA